GAAGAGAAAGCUGCAAUGGAUCCAGUCCUGGUCCUGGUGCUUACUCUCUCCUGUCUGCUUCUCCUCUCACUCUGGAGACAGAGCUCUGGGAGAGGGAAGCUCCCUCCUGGCCCUACUCCUCUCCCCAUUAUUGGAAACAUCCUUCAGAUAGAUGUAAAGGACAUCAACAAAUCCAUUUAAAAAUUCUCAAAAGUCUAUGGCCCUGUGUUUACCCUGUACUUUGGUCCAAAGCCUACUGUGGUGGUACAUGGAUAUGAAGCAGUAAAGGAAGCUCUGAAUGACCUGGGAGAGGAGUUUUCUGGGCGGGGUGUCUUCCCAAUUGUUGAAAAAGUGAAUAAUCACCUUGGGGUCAUUUUCAGCAAUGGGAAAAAAUGGAAGGAGCUUCGGCGCUUCUCACUUAUGACCUUGAGGAAUUUUGGGAUGGGGAAGAGGAGCAUUGAAGAUCGCAUUCAAGAGGAAGCAUCUUGUCUUGUGGAAGAACUAAGAAAAACAAAUGGCUCACUCUGUGAUCCCACAUUCAUCCUGAGCUGUGCUCCUUCCAAUGUGAUCUGUUCAGUUAUUUUCCACAAUCGUUUUGAUUAUAAAGAUAAGAAUUUUCUUAACUUGAUGGAGAAAUUAAAUGAAAACUUUAAAAUCUUGAACUCCCCAUGGAUGCAGGUCUGCAAUGCUAUCCCUGCCUUUAUUGAUUAUCUCCCAGGAAGCCAUAACAAAGUAAUUAAAAAUUUUGCUGAAAUAAAAAGUUAUAUUUUGAGGCAAAUAAAAGAACAUCAAGAAACACUGGACAUGGACAAUCCUCGGGACUUCAUUGACUGUUUCCUGAUCAAAAUGGAACAGGAAAAACACAAUCCCCAUUCGGAGUUUACUAUUGAAAGCUUGGUGGCUACUGUAACUGAUAUGUUUGUAGCUGGAACAGAAACCACAAGCACUACCCUGAGAUAUGGACUCUUUCUCCUACUGAAACAUACAGAGGUCACAGCUAAAGUCCAGGAAGAGAUUGAUCAUGUGAUUGGCAGACACAGGAGUCCUUGCAUGCAGGACAGGACCCACAUGCCCUACACAGAUGCAAUGGUGCAUGAGAUCCAGAGAUACAUUGACCUUGUUCCCAACAAUGUGCCCCGUGCAGCUACUUGUAAUGUGAAAUUCAGAAAUUAUAUAAUUCCCAAGGGUACAGACUUAAUAACAUCCUUGACUUCUGUGCUCCAUGAUGACAAUGAAUUUCCAAACCCAGAAGUAUUUGACCCUGGCCAUUUUCUGGAUGAGCAUGGGAACUUUAAGAGGAGUGACUAUUUCAUGCCUUUCUCAGCAGGAAAGCGAAUGUGCGUGGGAGAGGCCCUGGCUCGCAUGGAGCUGUUUCUGCUUCUGACCACUAUUGUACAGAAUUUUCACCUGAAAUCUUUAGUUGAUACAAAGAACAUUGACACUACUCCAUUGCCCAAUACAUCUGGCUAUGGACCACCUUCAUACCAGCUGUACUUCAUUCCUCGUUAAAGCAGAACACACGUGCUGCUGCUAUACUGGUAUCUGUGACUUCUCAGGGGGCACUUCCCACAUCCUCUCCACUAUUAGGGACAUAUCUCUCAUUUCUCCUCUCACAUCUCUUCAUUCUCCCACAAUCCAUUGAACAUCUACCUUUCUUAAGAAAGUUUCCCUGAGUUAUCAUGCAAGUCCGUCCACUGCCCCCUUGAGGCUGUAGCACUUGUAUUGACUAUGCACUGUACUAAGACAUGUGCUGGGUUAUUAAUAUGAGUGUAAUACAGAAGAGUUCAACUGAGAGUCAUCUUUGCUCUGGUUGAUUCAAAAUAAAUGGAAUUAUUAAUUAA